GCACAUUCAACAGUUUUUGACAGUGCAGAGGGAGUCACUCUGUUGUAACAUCCAACAUUGUAACAUCUGUCGCAAGUUUCACUUUAAGACUUUGUUCCGUUGUUUUUCGCCGCGUGUAAAAGUAUGUGACCGCCAUGUUUAGUUUCGACAGCGAGAUUUAUCAUCGUAUGAGAAGGGACCCUGACUUUGUGCCGAAAUGUCAAACUGUGAGCGAAACAAAAAGAUUUUACUGGAACUGGUGAAGCGGCCGGGAAACAGACGGUGCGCUGACUGCCGCGCGCCAGAUCCAGACUGGGCAUGCUACAAGCUGGGUGUGUUUGUGUGUCUGAACUGCUCUGGCAUCCAUCGCAGCCUGUCCAGCCGGGUCAAAUCCAUAAAGCUGGACUUCUGGGAGGAUGAGCUGGUGGAGUUCAUGGAAUCCGAAGGCAACGCCAAUGCUCAGGCUUCGUAUGAAAAAGCUGUUCCACCGUACUACUAUCAGCCCCAACAAAAUGACCAUCUAGUCCUGAGAGAGCAGUGGAUCCGGGCUAAAUACGAAAGGAUGGAAUUCACAGGAGAAACCAAGUAUCCACCACUUUCAUAUACCACAGAUUUUGUUGGAUUGAUACCAGGUUUCUAUGAGGGAAUGCUGUGGAAGAAAGGAAAAGAGAACACGCAGUUUCUGAAGAGGAAGUUUGUGCUGUCAGAGAGAGAAUUUACCCUAACUUACUUCAACAAGGAAAAUGAGUCCAAAGGCCCUAAAGCUGUAAUCCCCAUCAAGGACCUGAACGCCACCUUUCAGCCAGAGAAGAUUGGUCAUCCUCAUGGGCUGCAGAUCACCUACCAAGACGACAAUCACACCAGGAACCUCUAUGUUUAUCACGAGAGUCCUGAGGAAAUAGUCACGUGGUACAACGCCAUUCGUGCGGCUCGCUAUGCAUACCUGAAGACAGCAUACCCGACUGGAAGCGAUGAAGAGCUGAUACCAAAGAUAACAAGAAAAUACCUCAAAGAGGGCUACAUGGAAAAGACAGGGCCAUUGCAAAAGGAGAGUUUCAAAAAGAGAUGGUUUAUUUUGGAUUCUCAAAACAGGAAGUUGCUCUACUUCAAAGGCCAGCUGGAUGCCGAAGAGUUAGGAGUCAUUUUCAUAGGCACAGAGAGCAACGGUUACUCUGUGAAGGAGUGCGUCCCAAAGCACGCUCGGGGAAACAAGUGGAAGUGUGGUGUUAUGGUGGAGACGCCCGAGCGACAGUUUGUCUUCACGUGCGAGCAGGAGAGGGAGCAGAGAGAGUGGCUGGAUGCCCUCAGACAGGUCCUGUCCAGACCCAUGGCACCACAGGAUUAUACCAUUGAAGCCAACAUAAGGUAUAAACGAUGAGCUGCAGAGAGGUGUAUCCACAGGAUGAUGGUGAGGAGAACGCAGCGUUUGAAAACACAAGUGACUGAAAGUGGCUAAACUAUUGCAGCACAACAGAUGAACAGUGACUUACUUGUUCACCAUGUUGCUCCCAGUACUGACUUACGGACUCUCAUCCUUGUGUGAUAGUAAAACAUCUGUGGAUUAACUUUCAUAUACUGACUUGAACUGACACAGGAUCUGAUGCUAAAUCACAUACUUCAGAAAGUACUAUCAUUAUGUAAAAUCACUCUUAUGACCAAAUAUACACUCCUUUCACUAGAUAAACACUGUCAUAUAGUAACAGAAAAAAGGCUACAAUAACUGCAUAUUAUUAUACUAUUUUUAUGAUGUCCCUUAAUUUUUUAUAUUUUAAAUUUCCUAAUGAAUAAGCAUAUAAUUUUACAUUUGGGAGUGAACAGGUUUUGUGAUAUUCUACCCAGAAAAAUAAAUAAAUUGUUUUGUAAAUAA